CUUCUCAUGCUGCUUGCUUUAUUUUCUCCAGUUUUGAUAGAAUUUCCUUCCAAGUUUAAGUGCAAUUUAUCUGGAUGGAGCACUAAGGGAUACAUGGCAUGUCCUACUUGCAAUAAGGAUGCAUCUUCACAAAGGGUAAGAGUUGAUAUAUGGAGUCACCUACAUAGAGAUGAUGUUGAUUCGAUUACCAUAGAUGCAAACAUAAUUGAAUUGGAGGCUCAAACAGAAUAUGAAGUUGAAGUUGAUUAUAAUGGAGAAGAUUCUGACCAAGAGGAUGACACUAUGGUUGAGUACAUCAGUGACCAUGAGGAGAAUAAAGAUGUUGCAAAAUUGGUUCAAAGUGUGAGAGUGAGACAAAGUUGGAGCUGAGGUUAAAGAUGAUAGGAUUCAACUACUACUCUCUGAAGAUAAGGGCAAAGAUAUCACUGAGCUGAUUGCUGUUGGCGGAAAAAAGUUGGCUUCAGUACCUUCUGGUGGGGGUGCUUAUAUGUUUUUCUCGAAUUUCUUUUUCAGGACAUGGGGUUCAGUCUUUUUUAUUUGAAGAAUUCGGUGAAUUCGGCUUAUGAUGUAUCCCUUUUUUUCAGUUGUUCCCCUUAAACGUAAUUUAAAAGGUUUUUGUCUACCUACAGAUUUUGUUUGAACUUAGAUUUUUCAUGGAAAACUGUUGAAAUUAUAG